CCUCUCGUCACAAGCUCGCCCAACAUGGCUGAACUGCUCACCAAGGCCAAGGACCAGGUCGUCGAGGCCCUGUCGCAGGCUACCGCCGCCGUCUCGCUCGGCGCGCCGUCUGAUGCCGUCUACGUCGACGAGGCGGCCGGCGACGACCAGGCCGGCGACGGCUCGCAGGGCAAGCCGUUCAAGACGGUCCUCGGCGCCUUCAUCUCUCGCGCGAGCGACACGAUCAACGUCUACGUCCGCCAGGCCGCCGCCGAGGGCGAGGCGCAGGGCUCGUACGCCGCCGCGACCGCGUCGGCCAAGAAGAAGGCGACCAAGCUCCUCCAGCAGCACCGCAACAAGCUCGCCAAGGACGAGGAGCGCCGCAAGCGCGAGGAGGUCGAGGGCGAGGCACGCCGCGCCGCAGAGCUCAAGAAGCUCGACGACGCAAAGGCCAUCGUCAUCGACGAGCCCAAGGAGGACUCGACCAAGAUCAAGGUCCGCCAGGCCGUCGAGCAGCGCGGCAAGCGCGUCCGCGUCUUUGGGUGGGUCCACCGCCUGCGCCAGCAGGGCGGCAUGACCUUUGUCGUCCUCCGCGACGGCACCGGGUACCUGCAGUGCGUCUUGUCGGGCCGUCUGUCGCAAACCUACGACGCCCUCACCCUCACGCUCGAGUCGACGGUCCAAAUCACGGGCGUUAUCAACCAGCUUCCCGAGGGCAAGACGGCGCCGGACGGCCACGAGCUCACCGCCGACUGGUUCUCGGUCGUCGGCAAGGCUCCCGGCGGCGACGAGGCCUUCCUCAACAAGGUCAACGAGGACGCCGACCCGUCGCAGCUCGCCGACGCUCGUCACCUCGUCAUCCGCGGCGAGAACGCCUCGGCGGUCCUCAAGGUCCGCGCCGCGCUCCUGUCGUCGUUCCGCGAGUCGUACAUCAACCUCGGCCUGCUCGAGGUGACGCCGCCGUGCAUGGUCCAGACCCAGGUCGAGGGAGGCUCGACCCUGUUCGGGUUCGACUACUACGGCCAGGAGGCGUACCUCACGCAGAGCUCGCAGCUGUACCUCGAGACGUGCCUGCCGAGCCUAGGCGACGUCUUCUGCGUCCAGGAGUCGUUCCGCGCCGAGAAGAGCCACACGCGCCGUCACCUGAGCGAGUACACCCACGUCGAGGCCGAGCUCGCCUUCCUCACGUUCAAAGACCUCCUUGAGCACAUCGAGGAACUUAUCUGCCAAACCAUCGACCGCGUCCUCGCCGACCCCAAGAUCAAGGAGCUCAUCGACUUCCUGUGGGGCGGCAAGGGCAAGUUCGAGGCGCCGUCGCGCCCUUUCAUGCGCAUGGACUACCGCGAGGCGAUCGCGUGGCUCAACGAGCACAACAUCACGCGUCCGGGCGAGGACGGCGUCGAGGGCCAGCACGUCGUCGGCGACGACAUUGCCGAGGCGGCAGAGCGCAAGAUGACCGACAUGAUUGGCCGCCCCAUCUUCCUCAUCAACUUCCCCAAGGAGAUUAAAUCGUUCUACAUGUCGCGGAUCCCGGGCGACGAGGGCUUCACCGAGUCGGUCGACCUGCUCAUGCCCAACGUCGGCGAGAUUGUCGGCGGCUCGAUGCGCAUGAACGACCUCGACGAGCUCCUCGAGGCGUACAAGACCGAGGGCAUCUCGCCCGACCCCUAUUACUGGUACACGGACCAGCGCAAGUACGGCACUUGCCCUCACGGCGGGUACGGCCUCGGCCUCGAGCGCCUCCUCGCGUGGCUCCUCAACAGGUACACGGUGCGCGAGUGCUCGCUGUACCCGAGGUGGACCGGCCGCUGCACGCCUUAGACGCGUCGCGGGAGCUGGAGAGAGGAGGAGGCUCGAGGGAGGGCAUGUAUUGCGCAGCUCGCUCUCAAACUCUCGGUGCGCCUCG